AUGGCAUUUUGGUCCAGUACAACGGUAUUUACCUCUAAAGUACCCCGGAAGAUCUUAUUCAUGUUCACCCUGUCCCUCUCUGUUACCUACCUUUUCUACAGUUUGGUGAGCUGUUAUACCUCACUGCAAUUCCGCGCGCAAGAAACCUACGUGUACCAAGGAAGACCAGUGACAGAGGAAACGACUUUGAUGACAUUACGGGGGAAACUUUAUUCUACUCUCCCCCAGUUCACAGAACGCACCAGCUCAGAGAAGCCCACCGUGUUCACGACGAAUGCAGAUAAUGUUAAAAUCGAGGAGACGACAGCGGAAUGGGUUAGAGCGAACACCGCUGCCACCAACACCAUCGCCAUGGUUCACACCGCAAUUGUGGACCAGCAACACCAAGGUUUCAGCACUACGGAGAGCGUUUUCAGGGCCUCGGUGAACAGUACCCCAGAGUACGGGGAGAAGAAGCUGCCUCAGGCCAUUAUCAUAGGAGUGAAGAAGGGAGGCACGCGAGCUCUCCUCGAGGCGUUAAGGGUUCACCCCGACGUGAGAGCCGUGGGUAAUGAGCCUCAUUUUUUUGAUCGGAAUUACGAGAAAGGGCUGGAUUGGUACAGAGACUUGAUGCCCUCCACCUUGGAAGGCCAGCUCACCAUGGAGAAGACCCCAAGCUAUUUUGUAACAAGCCACGUGCCUAAACGGAUAUACUCCAUGGCGAAAGACAUUAAACUGAUCAUUGUUGUCCGCAACCCGGUGACCAGGGCUAUAUCCGACUACACCCAGACACUGUCCAAGAAGCCGGAGAUCCCCUCGUUCGAGGUCCUGGCGUUCAAGAACCGAACGCUGGGGCUGGUGGACGCCUCGUGGAGUGCGCUGCGCAUCGGCAUCUAUGCACUACACCUGGAGACCUGGAUGCACUACUUCCCGCUCGCCCAGAUGCACUUUGUGAGCGGCGAGCGGCUCAUCGUGGACCCGGCGGGGGAGAUGGGCAAGGUGCAGGACUUCCUGGGCCUCAAGCGCAUCAUCUCGGACAAGCACUUCUAUUUCAAUAAGACCAAGGGGUUCCCGUGCUUGAAGAAGCCGGAGGACAGUGGCGCCCCGCGCUGCCUGGGCAAAUCGAAAGGCAGGAUCCACCCCAGGAUAGACCCGGAUGUCAUACACAGACUGCACAAGUUCUACAAGCCCUUUAACAUGAUGUUCUACCAAAUGAUUGGGCAAAACUUUGAGUGGGAGUCGGAGGAGAGUUCCCCGGACUAGCUGUCCCCCUCCAGACUCAUAGCAAUACCACCAGCCUUCCCAGACCAGACCGACCAGUGUCACUUUGUGUUACUCCCUCUUGCCCCCUGCCCCCCUG